AUGUACUCUGCGCUGGACUUGGCUAUAUAUCCCAUUCUUUUAUUCUAUUUUAAUUUAUCCGGUCCCGCCAGCGGGUGCCCCCACGCUAGCAGAGUCUGGGGAAGCAGUAAAGUACUCCGUAAUACAGCAUGGAAUCGAGCAUUGCUGGAAUAUAGACAUACAGUUCGAAUAUCUUCAUAUAGUAUUUCCCUGCAUGAUCCAUCUCUUCCUUCUUCUGCCUGCAUGGCGCUCCUCGACGGCAAAGAAGUCGCCCAGCACAAUUCCCCAGAGUCGUGCUGGAUUGUUGUCAGAGGGAAGGUGUAUGAUGUGACAGAAAUGCAUGCUGAUGCUUACUUGCUUGCUUGCUUCUGCGCAGCCUUCCUCGAUGACCAUCCCGGCGGCGCCCGCGUUAUCCUGCAAUGCGCUGGUCGCGAUGCCACGGCCGACUACGAUGCCAUUCACCCGCCUCAGCUGAUUGAGGAGACGCUGCCGCCGUCUGCGUUCAAAGGGGAAGUCGACGUGUCGAGUCUCGAGCAAUCCAAAUCCACGUCUGAGCAGGGUGCGUCCACCAACAGUACUUCUGACGGCCCUCCCCCCCUCAGCAGCCUCAUCAACUUGCGCGACUUUGAAGCCGUGGCCGAACGCCAUCUGCCGCCAAACGCCUGGGCCUACUACGCUGCCGGCGCAGACGACGAGGUGUCCAAGCUCGAGGCCGAGCGCGCCUACCGGAAGGUGUUGCUGCGGCCGCGCAUCCUGCGCAACGUCGGUUCGAUCGACACGCGCACGACCAUCCUGGGCCAUCCCGUCUCGCUGCCCGUGUACAUCUCCGCCGUUGGAAUCGCCAAGUUCGCCCAUCCUGGCGGCGAAUGUACCCUCGCGGCCGCGGCAGGCAAGGAGGGCCUCGCCCAGCUGGUGGCUACCCGCUCGAGCAUGUCCAUCGAGAGCAUCAUGCAGGCCCGCACCAGGUCUGACCAGCCCAUCUUCUUCCAGCUGUACAUGCACAAGGACAUGAAGCAGUCCGAGGCGACGAUUCGCCGGGCUGUCCAGGCCGGCGUGAGCGCUAUCUGGCUGACGGUGGACUCGCCGGUGACGGGGAAGCGAGAGCGCGACGAACGGCUCAAGGCGAAUGUUGACGUCGGCGAACAAAACAAGAUCAUUGGCGGCAAAGGCCAGCCAGUCCAGGGCAUUGCCAAAACUCUGUCGAGCACCGUCUCGCCCUACCUCGACUGGAACACGAUUGCGUGGAUCCGCCAGAUCACCGAUCUGCCGCUGGUGAUCAAGGGGAUUCAAUGUGUCGAGGACGCGGUUCUGGCGUAUAAGCACGGAGUCCAAGGGAUCGUCCUGUCGAACCACGGGGGGCGAUCCCAAGAUACAGCCCAACCCCCCCUCCUGACACUUCUCGAAAUCAACAAGUUCGCGCCCGACAUCCUCGGCAAAGACAUGCAGAUCUUCAUCGACGGCGGCAUCCGGCGCGGCACCGACGUGAUCAAGGCGCUGGCCCUGGGCGCGACGGCCGUCGGGCUCGGAAGGCCCUUCCUCUACAGCAUGGCGGCCGGCUACGGCGAGGCGGGCACGCGGCGCAUGGUGCAGAUCCUGCGCGAGGAGAUCGAGACCAAUAUGGCGCUGGUGGGGGCGACGACGGUGGCGGAGAUCGACCGGGGCAUGGUCAAUACGGCAAGGUUGGAGAGGGAUCUUACUGCGUAUGCGAGGUUGUAG